GAAAUCUGCGGCAAGGCGCUGUCCUCAAGUGGUGUUCUGAAAAACCACCGGCGAAUCCAUACUGGAGAGAAACCUCAUGUUUGCGACAUCUGCACGAAGCUUUCACCUAUAAACAGCAGCUCACCGUUCAUCAGAUGUCGCACGACAACAUCAGACCCUUCGUGUGCGAGGUUUGUAACAAGUCCUUUCUGAGAAAAGGAAAUCUUACAGAGCAUCAAAGGAUCCACACAAGAGAGAAACUAUUUGUAUGUGACGUUUGCAACAAGGGUUUUUCAUGUAGUGGCAGUCUGAGUAAUCACAAGAGGAUUCAUAGUGGUGAGAAGCCUUAUACUUGUGAAUCUUGUGGUGAAUCAUUCAUGUACAGUUAUCAGUUGACUGAGCAUGGAAGAAUCCAUACGGGUGGGAACACCAAACCAUUUGAGUGUGAAGUUUGUAACAAAGCCUUUGGAAAGAAGAGUCAUCUGAAAGAUCACCAGGGCAUCCACAUUAAAGAGAAAAACUUUAUUUGCCAACUCUGUGGCAAAGCCUUCUCGACAGGUGCUCACCUGAAGAGGCAUGAGAAAUCGCACUCUGUCAUCAAGAGCAAAUUUGUCUGUGUAAUUUGCGACAAGUCUUGCACUUCCGAAGACAAGCUCAAGAAACACCACCUGAAGCUCCACAGUGGCGAAAAACCCUACUCGUGUGAUGUUUGCCAGAAGACGUUUUCCCAAAAGAGCCAUCUUAAAGAACACCAGAGGGUUCACACGGGAGAGAAACCAUUUGUUUGUGAUAUUUGCAACAAGGCCUUCUCUGCAAAAAACAUCUUAAAAACACACCAGAGAGUCCAUACAGGGGAGAAACCAUACAUUUGUAACAUUUGUAGUGAAGCAUUCUCCUAUCCGACACAGCUGAGUGUUCACCGGUUGUUACAUGACAACGUCAGACCCUUUGUUUGUGAAGUUUGCAACAAGUCCUUCUUGAGAAGGGGAAAUCUCACUGAACACCAAAGAGUCCACACCAGAGAAAAACCGUACGUAUGUGACAUAUGCAACAGGGGUUUCUCUUGUAGUGGCAGCCUGCACAACCAUAAGUGGACACACACCAGUGAGAAACCUUUCAUUUGUGAAAUCUGCGGCAAGGGCUACAUAUCCGCUGCAGUUCUCAGGAAUCAUAAGUUGGAUCACGAAGAUAAUCCCGAAACUUUUGAAUGCGACGUUUGUCUCAAGACCUUCCGAAGGAAAAACAGGCUGAAGGACCACCACAAGCAGUGCCACAGUGGAGAGAAAUCAUUUAUCUGUGACGUUUGCGGCAAAGCUUUCGCGUUCGGUAGCAGUCUGAAAUCCCAUCAGAGACUUCACAGUGGGGAGAAGCCUUACGGAUGCAAGAUUUGUGGCGACCGUUUCACUUACGCGCCUCAGAGAAAAGAUCACAUGUUGAAACACGACAAUAGGAGACCAUACAGCUGUGAGGUCUGCGACAAAACCUUCCUGAGGAAAAGCAACCUCGUGGAGCACCAGAGGGUCCAUUCUUCCGAGAAGCCUUGCAUCUGCAAUCUCUGUGGUAAGGCCUUCUCCCACAGCAUCCUUCUGAAGAAACAUCAGAAGGUCCACACCAAUGACCGUGUAUUCAUCUGUGAGACCUGUGGAGGAUCUUUUUCUUCAAAGCUGACCCUGAAAUCUCACAAAGCAGUUCAUUCUGACGUAAAGUCGUUUCUCUGUGAUACCUGUGGCGAUGCCUUCCGAAGGAACAGCCAGCUUAAGCGACACCAGAGGGUGCACUCCAAAGAGAGACCCUUCGUUUGCAACAUAUGUGGCAAGAGAUUUCCCCAAAUCCAUACCCUUAAACUUCAUCAUAUUGGGAUCCACACGAACGAUAGACCCUUCAAAUGUGGCACUUGUGGUAAAGGCUUCAUCGCAAAAUAUAAACUAAAAUGCCAUCGACGAGUGCAUACGGGAGAAAAACCAUAUGCCUGUAAUGUUUGCGACAGAGCUUUCUCGCACAAUAUCACACUGAGGAGGCACAAAUGUGACUGUGUUCAAGAAAGUCUGCAUUUUGUUGCACCGGAUUUACCCGUGACUUGUUUUUCCUCUGUGAACUUUGUUGUCGAUACAAGUCACAUAAUGGAGAAUGAAUCGGAGCAAUGCCAGCAGUAUUGUCAAAAUGCUGGUCAGUUUACUUGCGACAUUUGCGGCGAGUCUUUUCCAAGUGACAACGAUCUCACCGAACACCGGCGGAACCACGGCAACGACAAACGACUCGUCUGUAAAAUCUGCAACAAAACCUACUCGAGCAAGGACACUCUCAGGCAUCACAUGAGGAUCCACACCGAUGAGAAGAAAUUCAUCUGUGGCAUCUGCGACAGAGCUUUCCUGCGCAGAAGCGCGUUCAGAGAACAUCAAAGAUGCCACGACAAGAUGCGACCGUUUGUCUGCGACAUCUGUGACAAGACCUUCCCCCGCAAGGACACGCUAAGAAAACACCUGAUCAGCCACACCGGCGACCGACCGUUCUCUUGUGACAUCUGUGGCAAAACCUAUCCAUGUCGCCGCAACCUGCGACGACACGAGAUCGUCCACACCAACGACAAGCGCUUCUUGUGCGACAUCUGUGGCAAAGCCUUCGCGGACGCAGCCCAGUUGAAAACCCACAGUGUCACCCACACCGACGACAAACCCUUCCACUGUGACAUUUGUGGCAAGGACUUCAAUAACAGGGGCAACCUCCGCGCCCACGGGAAGGUCCACGAUAACCUCCGGCUGUUUGCCUGUGGCUUGUGUGGCAAAUCGUUUGCUCGGAGAUCACACCUACAGGUACACCAAAUAAUCCACGAUUCUGCUCGGCCGUUUGCUUGCCCAGUCUGUGGCAAGACUUACUUGCGUCCAGACACAUUCGAGAAACAUCAACAGACUCACAUGACUGAAAGUCCAGACCACUCUGACGUUUCUUCGGACUCGAGUUCCUUAAAUAUGAAAACCGAGGCCAGCAGUGACGUUCAAAAACAGGUAAACUUUUUUUCCAACGGCGCCCUCUUGUGUACGAAUUAUGCACCCGUCAGUCAUCAGGUUUGUGCUCAGUGA